UAAUUUUUGUAACGAAGAAAGCUUGCAAAUACUUGGGUCAGCUGAAACAAAUGUCCACCCAAUUUCCAAUUGCUGGGUUGAGUUGCCUUGACUUGGGAGUUCACCUAUUCAGUGCUUUUCUCGGCUUCUCUGAACUGGCGCAACAACAAGCAAGGAAUCCAACCCAAAAUCUUUGCUUCGAAGUUUGAACUUAGACAUGUUUCGACUUUCUUCUGCCGUGCCGUCCAACACCUGAAGAGAUUCAAAGCAACUGAGAGACAACAACCGAAGGAGACGACACCAUCUCUUUCUUUGUUCUCGUCGACCACGGAGAGGAGAUUACCUUUUUGUCACUUAAAAUUUAAAGCCAAUUCCUUUUACCAUCAAAAAGAAAACUUUCCUCUGCCUGAGGACAGUCUUAAUUGAUUGGUGCUGUGAAUUUUGGAGAGAGUUGGUUUUGCUCUUGAUUUCCUCGAUUAUGCAAAUACCCAGAUGGCGAAACGUGCUGAUACUCAACAAGUCAUUGCUUCUAGCUUUUUUACCUUCAAAACCCACGGCUACUUUUGCAACAACCCACGUUGCUUCUUUUCAUUCUACGCCUGUUACCUGUGAGAAAUGGAAGAGCAAAUGGAAUUUUGAUGAAAGAAGAACUCAACAACCAACUAAGAAUUAUGUAAGAUAUGUGGUACGUCAAAAGUGUGCUGACACAAAGAGAGCACUAAAAGACCUUCUCUUAAAUAGUGGUUCCUCAAAUAUUUCAUUUCAGGAUGAAGAUCCACUACAGAAAUUUGAUAGGACAGCAGGCCGGGAUUCAGAUGGCUCUGAUAAGAAACGGCGAACAAGGUUUUCUGGACGACAUGCUGGGAAAUCUAACCACAAAAAAGUAAAACACAAAGGAUGGAAAGGGGAUUUGAAUGAAGGUUUAGAAGAGAGUUUCUCUGAUGACUGUGAUCAUCCUGACACAAUCUUUGAAGCUACAUUUGGGAACAAAUGGUACACCUGGUCCCCUAGGGGGGAUUAUUCUUUCCAAACUUCAGAAUCUGGAUUUGAGUGGAGAGAAAAUUCAGGCUGGACUAAUCAAAGAACAAAAGAGUGGGAGACUACUAGUGAAACCGAAUCUGAGGACGAGUUAUAUGCUGUAGGAACACAUUCUGAUAGAGCAAUCCUUGGUCUGCCUCCAACAGGCCCCUUAAAGAUUGAAGAUGUUAAAAAUGCCUUCCGCUUAUCGGCUUUAAAGUGGCAUCCUGAUAAGCAUCAGGGUUCUUCACAGGCGAUGGCUGAAGAGAAAUUUAAGCUCUGUGUUGAUGCAUACAAAUCAUUAUGUCAUGCUCUAGCCUAAGGUGGUUGGGGUUCAUUCAAAUUGCUUACAUCUCCAAUUAGGGGAUCUCAGACAAUGGCCAGUACAAUGAAGUAAAAGUGUACGAUUGAAUUAUUUUCUUAUCUAUUUUUAUCUUCCUCAUAAUCGACUGUCAUCACCAAGUUGGCUCUGCCAAUAUAUUAGUAUUUUGCCCAACAAUUAGCAAUGGGCCAUGAAUUUUUUUUAAGAAGGGAACAUGGAUUGUAACCUUCAAUAAAAUAGAAGGUGAUCAGAAAUCUUGACGAUAAUUUCCUACUCGAAUUUCAUGGAAUUUGUGUGACAGGAAAAUAUUUAUGAUCUAAAUUUAAUUUUGUAUCAAUAGAGAUACAUGCCUAUAAUCACAAGGUUUGUCAACAAACAGCUUAGCUUGUAUUGAGCAUUUGAACUGUGAAGUACAAAAUGGAACUCCUCAGAGGAAUAGUUAAUUGUGACGUCAAAGAAAAAACCAAAGUCGGAGAAAAUAGUGUUACUACUCUGAAGAGAUGAAAGAGAAGCAGCUGUCGUAGCUAGUUGGCUGCUUUGUUGGCAUCCCUUUGAUUCUAACAAAAGAACACCCUGACACAAAGGAUAACAAAAUCGUACUAUCCAAAACGACAGCAGCUAGGUCUCAUAGCCCUUAAGAAGCAGCUUCCUAUCAUCAUUUUACCCACAUCUUGCCAAUAAUCUUAUCAUAAUACUUUAUUAGGUAAGAUUCAUGCUAAGU